AUGAGUAAGAUGAAGUCUUUCAUUCUCUUCAUCUUGGCUCUUCUUCUCGUCUGUCACUUUCCUGUGGAAGCCGGCAACCAUCUCUGGGAACCAUCUCAUCAAUCCAGCUUGACCCAUGCUCGUUGGGCGCAUUUUGAUAACCACCGCCGCACGUCAACCUCUCCUUGGCCGAACAAAUUGAUUCCCAUAUGUUAUGGCAACCUCGAGGCUGAACGGGAGUUGGGCCCAUACAUCAAGGCGGCAAUGGAUCUUUGGUAUGCGGCGGGUCUACCCGCAGAGUACAAGAUCCAACGGGCACACCACUUGAAAUGCGUCCUGGAGCGACCGGAUGUUCUUUGGGUGUACAUCGAUCCGGGUGCCUUCUUUUCCUCAGUCGGAAAGGAGAAACCGAAGGAGAACCCGCGUCGAGGAGGACCAGUCGCCGCGCUGCACAUUAGUCAUAACCAACUUGGGGAUCCAGCAGCCAAUAUUGCUCACGAGCUCGGACAUGCAUGGGGAUUGCUUCAUGAGAAUCACAAUCCGGUCUUCUGGGCACCGAACAACUUCGACAAGGUCUUUAAGUUUCGAUGCGACCACUUGGCUGAUUUUGACGAUAAAAUAAUGGGCCUGCAGCAGUGGGAAAUCUGGGGUCAUGACGGUAUUUGUCGCAGUUCGGAGGCAGCCAUGAAGGCACAAUUUUCCGCCUACCAAUACUUGCCUAUACAUGACGCGGUGUCAAAACAUGGCUGGUAUGUUACUGAGGAUGACGUUGACUGGAAUUCUAUUAUGAUGCUUCCGUCUUGGGUGGGCGGGAACCAUCGAGGAAGCCCUCUGUUUCACUUAGAUGGGGGCCUGAUCGGAGCAAACCUUGUACCUUCGGCGCAAGACGUUGAAGGCAUACGCCAUUUGUAUGAGUAUAGACUGUCAUACGAAGCGGAACUUCUUCUAAAUGAUCCCCGUGCGUUCGAAUACAGCCUGUUCAGGCAAUAUGCUCCCGGCUGUGGUCACUAG